AUGUAUGGUUUCCGGCUCAAAUACGAUCAAUGGCUGCGCAGAUCCCCGUUAUUGACGAAAGGCGUGACGUCGGCAAUUCUUUUCGGUCUCGGUGACCGAAUUGCACAGCGAUUCGAGAAUUCGGAGACUGCCAAAAGCGACCAGCAUAAAGUUGAUGACCAUUUUGAUCUCCAACGAAUGGCUCGCAUGAUGGUGUGGGGUGGACUCUUUUUCGCUCCUAUUGGUCAUGCAUGGUACAACUACCUAGAAAAGGUCGUUCCAGGAAAGGGAAUUGCUGCGGUCGCUGGAAAGGUCGCUGCGGAUCAACUUAUCUUUUCGCCACCACUAGCAAUUGCAUUUUUCACCUACGCGGGAGUUUCCGAAAACAAAUUGCUUCACAAUUCAGUGGAGAAUGCAGUCGACAAACUGGUACCAACACUUGUAGCGAAUUGGUCUGUCUGGCCAAUGGUUCACAUGUGCACUUUUGGGUUCGUCCCGUUGCAGUACCGCAUCUUGUUCAUCAACAUCGUUAACAUUGGCUGGUCUGCUUUCCUAUCUCGAAUGGCAAGCAAAGAUGAAGGCCAUCAAAAACUUAAAAGGCUUCUUGACCAACAAACGGAAGGCGCAGAGGAAACAAUGGCAGUUUGA